CCAGUUCAGAUAUCAAUGCAGUGUGCUAAAAUCUGGACGAUUUUGUUUGCGACGACCUCGCAUUUUCCAUUUGAAAAACUUGUCGAUCCGUCAAAAACAGCUGCUAAUAAUUUGUUAACGAAGAGACUGAGCUCCACCAUGCCAGCACCAGACUUUGACCUCAUUCCGUUUGUCAGAUCAAUUCGUUUGAAUCAUCCAAAAGAGGAUUAUGAGGAACUUAUGGAUGCUAUUGGUUCUGCGCGAGUGGUCUGUAUUGGGGAUGGCAGUCAUGGCACAUUAGAAUUCUACCGGGAGCGUGCGUACAUUACCCAGCGAUUGAUUGCCGAAAAGGGGUUCAACGCUGUGGUUGCUGAAGCCGACUGGCCCGACGCCAUUACCAUCAAUCGAUAUGUGCAGAAUACAUCUAAAACUCCAAUCAAGGGAGCUGUAGACGCCCUAAAGGACUUCAAGCGGUUUCCGCUCUGGAUGUGGCGUAACGAAGUUAUGGUGCCCUUCAUUAAAUGGCUUCGCCUUUGGAACGACAAAAUUGCCCAUCAAGGCGGUGGUCUCUUUGACAAAGCAUGCUUUUUCGGCAUGGACAUGUACAGUCUUCACGCCUCUGCCGCGGCCGUCAUUGAAUAUCUCCAGAAAGUUGAUCCGAAAGCCGCCCAAAAAGCUCGGGAACGGUACGGCUGUUUCCACCGUUUCGGCACCGAUACCACGAAAUAUGCAUUUGCCGUGCGGUACGGUAUAAGCGAGGGUUGCGGUCAAGAAGCUGUCAAAGUUCUACAAGAUCUGUUGGAAAAACGUCUGCAAUACGUCAAAGAGAACUGCAAUUCGGCCGAGGAAGAGCAAUUCAUUGCUGAGAUGAAUGCUCUGGUCGUGAAGGAUGCCGAAGAAUACUACCGUUGUAUGCUCGACGAGGACGUCAUUACUUGGAACCUGCGGGACCAACACAUGGUCGAUACUCUCGAAAGAGUAAUGGAAUGGAUUGAUCGGCACAAAAGCCAGGACCAGAAAUCAAAGGUCGUCGUUUGGGCCCAUAAUAGCCACUUGGGUGAUGCCAGGUACACGGAUAUGGGUCGGAGGAGAGGGGAAGUCAACGUUGGACAGCUCUGCCGGGAGAAGUUUGGAGAGGACAAUGUGUUUAAUAUUGGGUUUACGACAUAUAAAGGAACCGUGACCGCUGCUCAUGAGUGGGAUACACCUGGCCGUAUUAUGGAUGUCAAUCCAGGCCGUCAAGAUGCGUAUGAAGGCCUGAUGGAGCGUUCAUUGCCUCAUAUCAAAAAUUGUCUCCUCCUCACCCAUCGCAUCGAUCCAAAAACAGGGAAAAAGAUUCCAAUUGAUGAACAACUCAAUAGGUACUUGGAUAACCCUCUGAGAUUGGAGCGCUUCAUAGGAGUAAUUUAUCGACCCGCCACGGAAAGGUGGAGUCAUUAUUCAUCAUGUGCGUUGGCUAGCCAGUUUGAUGCGCUGGCGCAUUUGCGUGUCACGAACGGGAUACGGCCUCUGGAUAAGACUGCCCACUUCCCGGAUGCUUCACCAGAUGUACCAGAGACCUUCCCAUUUGCCAUGUAAUGGGUGCAAUCCUUCGAGGACUUGUAUAGCUUUAUUGCUAGACAGCAUGAUUGCCUUCCUGUAUAUUCAUUUUCAAUUUGCAUUUGCUGCUCUA